AUGGCGCUGUUUUGGUUGCUUCUGGUGGCGUCAUUCGGUGGGUUGGCGGCAUCUGUUUUUAACAUCGACGUCGAAGAUGGACGACUCACUACCCCACAAAUCACUGUCAAGUACGGUUACCGGACGGAGACCCAUAAGGUUGAGACGUAUGACGGAUUCUUUGUGGUGAUGCACCGGCUGAGGGCAUCUCCAUCGAAGGGACCGUUUGAUGCGAGGAAACCUCCGGUGUUGUUGAUGCACGGGUUGUUGGGAUCUUCGGGAGAUUGGAUCAUGAUCGGACCUAAGAAUGCUUUGCCUUAUCUGCUGGCGGACCAAGGGUAUGAUGUUUGGCUGGGAAACGCUCGAGGAAAUAGGUACAGUGGCGAACAUGCUUAUCUUACUGAUGAUAUGCGAGAGUAUUGGGACUUUUCGUGGCAUGAGAUUGGAAUCUACGACGUUCCGACUAUGGUCGACCAUGUGUUGAAGACGAGAAAGGUCAAACAGCUUCACUAUGUGGGACACUCCCAAGGGACGACGUCGUUCCUGGUGAUGACGUCUAUGAUGCCGGAAUAUAACAAGAAGAUCAUCAAAAUGCACGCCCUAGCUCCAGCAGCCUAUCUAUACCAUUUGAACAAUCCAGCUAUGAGAUUCCUGGCAACACAUAUGAUUACGGCCACGAACAUCGCCAACGCGUUCGGUGUCCACCAGCUGCUUCCCUCCAAUCCGUUGUUUCACCAGCUGGCCAGAGUCUUCUGUCCGAACUACUUUAACUUUUUUCGAUUCUGUAUCAACAGCAUGUUCCUGAUAUCGGCCGGCGAGUAUCACAGUCUCGACCCCAACCUGAUUCCUGUCCUGGCUGGACACAUUCCGGCGGGAGCAUCCGCCAAGCAGUUUAUACACUACGGCCAGGAAGUCCUGUCGGGACACUUCCGUCAGUUCGACUAUGGUCCGGGAAAUAACACCGAGAUCUACCAGGCAGCGGAUCCACCGGAUUACAAUCUGACCAACGUUCGCGCUCCGGUUGCCAUCUAUUAUGGGUUGAGCGAUCAGCUUACCCAUCCGGAGGACGUUGGAAGACUCGCUCAGGAGCUGCCGAACGUUGUUGCUAUGAAUCAGUUGCCGAAUGCCAGCUUCAAUCAUAUGGACUUUCUGGUGGCUGCAAACGUCAGGAGUGUGCUGUAUGAAAAUAUUAUUGCUAGUAUCAUGGAGGAUGAUCGUAAAAGAAGUUAA